AAAACGCCUGGCGCGCGCCGUGCUGACUCGUUUUGGUUAUAAAAAUAAAUAAAUAAAUACAAAUAAAUCCAGUAACAUAUCUAUCCAUAUAACCUUGCGUCACGGAAUGUCGUCGUUUGUCACCGAAGUCCUCGCCAGCUCUGGCAAACUGGAGAAAGAGGACCUGUCCAGUAAAAUCAGCAAAAUGUCGCGCAAGAUAGACGAUACCAAGGAAGAAGUGUGUGCUAUGAUAAACAACCGUUUUAGUGACUUCUUGCCGAGUCUACAAGCAUCCGAGGACCUCAUGGUGCAGGUCGACGAAGUCUCCAAAGAAAUGGACACCCUUAAAAAUUUUAUUGAGAAUGAGGUUCAACUAAAUAUCCACGUGGCUGUAGCCGAGUAUACAAAGUACAAGGAGCAGCUGGAGAAAAACACAAUCAUCACCACCAUGCUUGGACACCUAAAAGAGUUUCACAAUGCAAUGGAGGAAUUCAACAAAGCCCUUCAGGAGAAGAAGUAUGUUGAUGCUGCUAACCAGCUGGAAAAGGCGAGGGCGAGCGUGGAGUCCCUCAAAGGCUGGAAGGCGACGCAGCUCCCUCUGAUCAGUGCGCUCAGCUCGGAGUUGACGGUGCAGAGGGAAAACCUCAUGUAUCACCUGGGAGAUGAAUGGAAGCGCCUCGUCAUCUGGAAAUUGCCCUCCUUAAAAGACCCUGCAGGCGUGGCCUCCUUCCUAAAGGUGAAGCUGUGUCUGAGCCAUUCUCCUGAAAAGGACAGUAAACCAGAGCCACCUGCUGAGCUGUGCAGUGUCCUGCAAGCGUUGGCCAUCCAGGGAGACCUUCAGCGGAAGAUCAAACUCUUCAGUCAGGUGCUGCUGAAGAACAUGUUGAAGCCGGUGGUGCUGCACCCGUCUCUGAAUGUGUCGGUGUCUGAGCAACAGCAGGGAAAGGGGAUCGUCCUGACCUUCCAGCAACUGAAGGGGAGUCACGAGGAGCACGCCACUCCGUCGCAGGUCUACAGCAAAGUUCUCCUGGUGCUGAAGACUCUUCACUCAAACCUCCUAGACGUGGCGAUCCGCGACAAAAAGCUGUCUACUAUCUUGGGGGAGCUGAUAUGGGAGGAGCUUUCCCGAUGCAUCAUCCACGAGUGUCUGCUCUACUCUAUCCCCACCAACAGCAGCCAGCUGGAAAAAUACAACACAGUGAUCAAGGAGACGGAGGAGUUUGAGAAGGCUCUGAAGGAGAUGGAGUUUCUGCAGGCCGAAUCCACAGACCUGCUUAAAUACGCCAGAGACGUCAACUGUCACUUCGCUAGCAAGAAGUGCAAGGACGUCAUCGUGGCGGCACGCAAACUCAUGACGUCCGAAAUGCACAACACCGUCAAGAUCACGCCAGACUCCAAGCUGCGUUUCCCCAAGCUUCCUGCUCCUGACUCAUUGCCGCGGGUGACGCGGGAAACUCCCAGCAAGCAGGCCACCGCCGCCAUGGAGAACGCCAGUCAGCUGUCGGCGUCGAGCAUGUGUCUUCCGGCGUGUCGCAUCAGCGAGUCUGUACAGCAGCUGAUGGAGCUGGCUCUCAACACGCUGGGCGAGGCUGCCGGAAGCUCCACACAAUGCGCAUCCCAACUCUUUUUCACCGUCCGAAACAUCUUUCAGCUCUUCUACGACGUUGUGCCGACAUAUCACAAAGAGAGCCUUCUCAAGUUUCCCCACCUGGCUGCCAUCCAGCACAACAACUGCAUGUACUUGGCCCACCACUUUCUCACCCUGGGCCACCAUUUUAGACCCCAUUUGCCACAGCCCCUCAGCCAGGGCGUGGUCACCUUCGUCGACAUGGUGCCAGCAUUCAGGAAAUUAGGCGCUCAGUGCUUCUUAACGCAACUGAAUGUCCAGAGGGCAGAACUGCUGGAGCGACUGUCCGCUGCUCACAACUUCUGCAACCUGGACGACGCCGACAACUACACAGCAGCUAGCAAGGCCGUGAGGCAGGUGAUCCAUCAGUUAAAGCAGCUAGGAAAGGUGUGGCAGGACGUCCUACCGGUUGCCGUCUACUGCAAAGCCAUGGGCAACCUCCUCAACACGGCCAUCAUGGAAAUGAUUGCCAAGAUCAUUAUGCUGGAGGAUAUCUCUUCGGAGGACGGCGAACACCUGCACACUCUCUGCCAGACGGUCAUCGAGGAGGGCCCGCUAGUCUUUGUGCCGCUGACCGAGGAGCAAAAAAAUAAGAAGUCCCAGGAGGAGGUUCCCCUUUAUGUUAAAAAGUGGAGCACUUUCAAGGAGCUGGUCAUCGUGCUGCGCGCCAACCUCCAGGAGAUUGUCGACAGGUGGGCAGACAGUAAAGGUCCUCUGGCAUUGGAGUUCACAAGGCACCGAGGUGAAGAGUCUGAUCCGAGCCUUGUUCCAGAACACGGACAGGAGAGCCAUGGCUAUGACCAAAAUUAAAUAGAGGUUUGGAGGCGGAAACGACCGCAAACGAAAGACUGAAACACACGAAGCCACAACAUUAAGUAUACACCUGUACCCAAUGAGUUCUGCCUUUACAAUAGUAACCAUGCUCAGUUUUGAUUGACAAUGUCAGAGAGAGAUUUAUUAAAGAAAAUGUUUCCAGUAAAGUACAA